UCACCUGAUAUCGUAAUUAAAUAUUCAUUUAUAAAAUAUCAUUUGUAAUCUUGAAGUGAAAUAAUAUUUAUCGUAAAGCAAUAAACUUUCAGGGGUAUGUAAAAAUGGUACAAUAUUAUAUUGUUUUAUAAAGUUUUAUGUUAAUUGUGUACCAUAGACAUAGUUUUGUAAAAGAAAUAAAAGUGAUGAAAUACUUUGGAAAGGAAAAAUAUGUAUCAAAUAAUUAUAUGAGGACAAACAACACAUAUGUGUUAUGAAUGCUUAUUAAUAAUAGACACGUAUUUUCGAUGCUUCUAUCAGUAUAAACUAUCAAUUAAUAUUAUAUGUUAACAUUAAUGUAAAUUCUGAAUACGACAAAUAAACAUUCAUUUUAUGACAAAUACGAAAAUUAGUGAUGCACGUAAUAAAUUUAGGACAAAAUUGGAAUUUAGGACAAAAAGUGGAUUACAAUUUUAAAGCAAAAACGCUGCACUGCAUUUUUAAGAGUCAUUAGAAAUAUAUUUGCUUAUAUAACACAUUAUUCUUCGAGAGUCACGAAAAAUGCCGAUGUUAAUGGCAAUAUCCGGACAUUUAGAUGACUAAAGAUAUACGUUUUGCUGUAUGCAAUGAUUCGGAUGAUUCGGUAAUCCAGUGACGUCGAGGGAAUUCCCUCGGCAGAUAGUGAGACUGGAUUUACACGACCAUGACAAAGGAGGAAAAAAAAUACGAAGAGAGGAGCAGGGAGAUGCAAAAGUUACUCCAGCGAAUGUUUUCGCGAUACGCUCAUGCAUGUAUCAGCGUUUUUCUGAAAUCUCCGCAAUACCGUUGCUUUAUAAAUAUCGCGCCUGUAACGUUGAAUAUUGGUAAUCGUCGCAAGCAUGUUUGCCCGCAAAGUCGAUCGCGCGGUACUCCGGUUAACGUUCACAUUAACAUGCAUAUUUGCCGGGUCGGUGUAUCCCUACGUGCUGCCAGAUCCAACUUUCGAGGUGCUGAAGCCGCAAGGUCUUCGAGUUUCUAUACCGGAUGAACCAGGUUUACGACUAUUUGGAUUUCACGCUAACGUCAAUAAAGCAAUAGGCAUUGAUGCAUCCGGUGACAUUGCUGGUAACGUCUAUUCAGCAAGAAAUGGCCGUUGGACUUUUGAAGAUUCGGAUGUGACUAUAAGGGAUGGAGAUGUGCUUUAUUACUGGAUUUAUGCACAAGCGGAUAGGCAGAGUCACAGGAGGGAUCAGCAAAGAUGGAUGUAUUCCUCAGCGACCGACCAAGCGGAUAGCAAUCAAACUAUUGCACAGAACACAACAUCAAGAAAUGAAACUGCAGGUCAGCUACUGUUUGAAGAUAAUUUCACCUCUUUUAACACGGCAUUGUGGAAACGUGAUAUUAAAAUGCCAUUGAGUCCGGAUUACGAGUUUUGCGUAUAUCACAACGAGUUCCAUCAACAACUUGUGCAAGUUAAGGAUGGUCGACUUCACAUAAAGCCUAUAAUAUUGGAGGAUUCUUACGGCGAAAAUGCGACUAUAUACGGAAGAUUACAGCUUAAUGGAUGUACUAGCACGGUCCCUGCCGAAUGUACGCGGCGGGGAAUAUCUUACAACAUCCUACCGCCCAUUAUAUCCGCGCGUCUUACCACGAAGGAACGCUUCGCCUUUCGAUACGGAAAGAUUGAGAUACGCGCAAAGUUUCCCCAGGGCGACUGGCUGUAUCCAGAAUUGUGGCUGGAUCCGAAAUAUUCUGUAUACGGGGCAAACUAUGCGAGCGGUCGUAUCCUCCUAGGUCUGGUACGUGGCAAUGAGAAUCUGGUGAAUGCCACGGAUGUAACAAAGAUCUACGACACCAGAAGAUUGGAUUUUGGCGUGAGAGUAGGUGUGUCGCCGAAUAUUCAGGAAACACUCGUUUCCAAGGUACAAGAAUUUGGGCCACAUUGGACGCAGGAUUUUCACGUAUAUACUACAAUUUGGACCAGCGAUGGAUUCACGUUUCUGGUUGAUAACGAAGAAAUCGGACAAAUGAGCCACAACGAAAGAGGCUGGAUGAGUGGUCCUAACGCAGGCAGGAAAGCUGCCCCGUUCGAUCAAGAGUUUUAUAUCACUCUCGGUCUUGGUGCGGGCGGAGUGCGUGUGUUCCCAGAUAACACGAUCAGUUCUGGAUUACCAAAACCAUGGAGCAAUCUAGACGUGAAGGCAAUGCAGAAGUUCUGGAAAUCUCGGAACCAGUGGAUACCAACUUGGAGACGAGGUGGUGGCGAGAGUACUGCCUUUGUAAUAGAUUACGUUCGAGUGUGGUCUCUUUGAAUUGACAUUGACGUCCUACAUAAUUCUUCACUUUUUAUCAUUCGUAUCAUUAUUUUAAUGAUUGAUAUUAUUUGUAAUGUAGAGAUGCACAUGUAGACGCUCAAUGUUGCCAUAAACGUGAGCAGGCACAAUGAGCAAAAAUUGGCGAAAAUUAUUUUCUGAUUUAAUGAUCGCAGAUUAUGAUGUUGCCUGCGAUGUAUUAUAGCACUCGAGUUCCUCGUCACGAGAGGCAUAAAGUUCUUUUUGUCAGUGUAACGCAAUCAGAGUUUUGUAAUUGGACUGUUCUGCUUCUAUAAAGGGUGAACGCGAAAUCGGUAAGAAAUUCAGGGUCGCCCGGAGCUGGUUCUACCUUUAAUGCUCGUGUCGUUAGCCGCUCCAACGAUCAUCCUCUGAUAAUGUUCCUGCCGAUCAUUACGCGAACAUAAAAAUUUCUUAAGCCAGCACGACGAAGAACAUGCAUUUUCCAUGUAGUAGAGCAAAUUUUCUGAAACGAUGGUAUUAUUAACCG